CCCCCCUCCUCACAUCCGCACGUGUCCCACGCGAUGUGUUUACAUUUUGUCCGUCAUAAUUCGUUAUUUUUAUUAAAAUUAAUUUUAUUAUAAUCUUUUUGUUUACCCGUUUCGCACUGACCGGCGAGUUACCGGCGGGCGGGGGAGACACGCUCAAGCUCUGCGUUGUUACUUCGAGGCGCGCUGCGGUAAAUGUUACAGGUUUGCACGACUUUGCGAUGGACGAAAUUGAGGAGCAGCUGAGAGAAACUCCGGGGUCGGGAGGAGAAGAGGUUGAGGAGGGGAGCUGCUUGCGCGGAGUUCCAGGUGAAAUGUCGUCGUCGCUCGAGGCAGCGGCGGCGGUGACGGAGGAGCCCGGAGAUGGUGGCGUCUCGAAGCGACAGCGAAAGAAAAUGCUGCGACAGAAGCAGUGGGAGGAUGGCCGGGAACAGCGCAGGCUGCAGCGGAAGGAGCGGCGCCAGCGGAGGAAGCAGGAGGGGGGCGAGGAGCCGGCGAGGAAGCGCGUGCAUGCCGAGCCGGAGCCCAGCGGCGUCCGCGUCGCCAUCGACUGCGGCUUCGACGACCUCAUGCUGCUGCGAGACGUCAAGAAGCUGCACAAGCAGAUCCAGCGCUGCUACGCCGAGAACCGGCGCGCGGCGCGCUCCGUGCAGCUGCUGUUGACCAGUCACAGCGGGCAGCUGAAGACAAACAUGGACAUGCACGAUUGCGGAUACCUCAACUGGAAGGGAAUCGAGGUGCGAGGGGAGCGCGUGGAGGAGGCCGUGCCCACAGCGGAACUUGUCUACCUCACGUCCGAGUCGCCGCACACCCUGGCGAGCGUGGAGAGCGGACGCACGUAUGUCAUCGGCGGCCUGGUCGAUCACAACCACCACAAGGGCCUGACGCUGCAGAAGGCCGAGGAGCUGCAGGUGGAGCACGCUCGUCUCCCGCUCGACGACUACGUCAAGAUGUCGAGCCGCAAGGUCCUCACCGUCAACCACGUGUUCGAGAUCCUCCUUGCGUACCUCGACCUGGGGGACUGGCGCGGCGCCUUCCUCCGCGUGCUGCCCGACCGCAAGCAGGUCGUCCCCAUUACCCACAAGGCCUCUCCGCCGGCAACGAGCGACGAGAACGGUUGCCACGGCGCCGCCGCCGUCGUCGUCGAGGACCGCGAGUGCCGUUGCCGAGACGACGGCGGAGACGCCGCGGAGACGGGAGGCCCCGGGGUGAAUCCCGAGAGGAGAGAAUCGGUGAAUGCGGAAACGGGAGACUCGUUCGGUCUGGAGAUGGGGGAUGGAAUGGAUUUGGGCAAGAGCAAAUCGGUGAAUCCUGGCAUGGGGGACCCGGUGAAUCCUGGGGGGGAAGAUCCAGACGUGAAUCCGGAGAAGAAAGAAUCGGUGAAUGCGGAGAUACGAGACUCGUUGCGUCCAGAGAUGGGAGAUGACGCGGUGAAUGUGGAAAAGAGAGACUCGGUGAAUGUAUAAACAGGGAGACUCGUUGGAGAUUGGAGAUGCAGUGAAUGUGGAUAUGGAUAUAGGAAAUUAUCUAAAUCCUGAGAUUGGAGAUCAAAUUAAUAUGGAAGUGGAAGACCGGUCGAAUGUGAAGAAUAGAGAGGGGGGGGGCAGGUUCGGGGUGAACUUAGCAACAAGGAAAACCUCAUCAAUAUGGUGACUUGAAGCUCCUUGAAUCUAUAAAGGCCGCGUGACACACUCUGGCAGGGCUGGGCGGGGAACCUACGACACACAGCCCCCCGCGGCUUCGUUUCAUUCGCCCCCGGGACCACGUGGGCCAAGACUGAUGACUGCAAAACAGCCGCGCAGGCGCUCCGUGUCCCAUCGCCGCGGCCACGUGUUUAUCUGCUGCGGAGCCGCGACACGACAUGGGCACCGCGUUGGCGAGAGGGGAGCGGGCGCAGGGCGUCGCCGCUUUCGUAACGGUCGGGCCGAGGAGCCCGCGUACAUUUUUUGCGUUAUUUCCGAGCAACUGGCAAAGGUGCGUGCCGAUGUGUGGUCGCCUUGCCAAAGUUACUCGACUGUCCUUUUUCGGCCCUCGUUAAGGAAAGGUUUCCCCCGCCCCCCCAUCCCUGCGCUCGGGCAAUUUUAGGGCAACCGUUGCUAGCAAUCGUCACCGGUCAGCGCAUUCACUGUGAGCGACAGUGGCGGUGAGCCGACGGAUUUCUUUCCAGCCAAUGAAAAGGGAGUUUGUUGAAAAUGUGCUUUGUAUGGACGGCGAUUGGUCUGCAAAGCACAGAAACCCCCGGGGUAGCCACGUAACCUGUGCCCGUGAUCUGAUUGGAGGUUGCCAUCCCUGUUGCGCACUCAGGGCACAGUGGUAAGUGCACAAGUGACCGAACAUAGGUGGCACGUGACAUCUUCACCGGUUCGAGGCCUCCCUUUCCUACCGCGCACCCUUCACCGUGCUCUUUUUACCGGUGUGGUAAAGUAUGGUCAAUCAACUCCCAUAACCAACACAGUGUACGGAAUGCAGUCAUUCAGCAGUGGAUUGAUAAAAGGCUGUUAGAUAUCAUUAAUCAUUCAAAUGGUGCAGAAACUUGCUGGUGACUAUUGAGGCUGUAAAUUGCUCUCAAGUUGCCCUCGCUUAUCAAUGUACGUGUAUGUAUGCUGAACUUCUUUCGCACCUUUUCGAUUUAAAGCUUUCGUGACUGCAGGGAUUCAUCUUCUUGGUUCUUUCGGUAAAGUCACGUAGAAGGGAAGUAAUAAAAUAAUAAAAAUAAAACAUAAUAAAAUAAUUCUCACGACGUUUUGGCCACACCUUCCCUUCUACGUGACUUUACUGAAGAACCAAGAAGAUUCUUUCGCACCGUCCCUAGCCAACCGUGCUUAUCGGAGGCCUUAGGAGACGGGUCGAAUUCCCCAGAGACGGUGAACGACGACGUGAAUCUAGCGAGACGGGAAAGUCGCGACACGGGAAAUCCAAGGGAAAUCUGCCAGAAUUAAUCAUAGGCGAGCAUUGCUAGGAGGUGCGGACGGUGGUCUGAUCGGUGCGAGUGACAACAGAACAAAUCGACGAGGCCGGAACUCCAACAUCCGGCCAAAUCGGCGAUGGGAGAGUAUACGGGAGGGCGAGGGGGGGGGAAAGGCUGUGACGGAGACCAUCGUGAACAAUUCACGUGGCUCACCGCAGCGUCGGACACGUCCACGGGGCCACCCAUGCCUGCAGGUUGCGUCUUCUUGGAGAAGUGCAAGUGAAAUGUUUUACGAAAGUUUUGUAUUUAUUUUAGCUUAAAUUUUAUUUUUAAAUUGCGGUAUAUGAAGAGGUCGCCAGGCGGCUACCGAGAUCCUUGGGUUGCAACCGGUCACGGCGAGUUAGACCGGUUCUCAUGUGCAGUGCUUUUUGAUGGUCUCGGCCUGGUCACCAAUGAUCGCGCGAAAAGAAUCGUCAAAUUUAAAUUUGUUGCUGCUCUGAGAAAUAAAAUUUAAAAAAUCGGAGGCCUUCCGUAAUGCAAGGAACGUUCUCUCUAGCAGGGUGGGAUCUCGAAAGUGUUUUUUGCGAUAUCCACUCCUGCGGGCCACUCUCCCUCCCAACGCGGAGUGACCCACUGCUCUAAGAGAGUUCCAAAUGGGGCCUCCAUCGCGUGACGCGACACCGAUGGCACAAAUCGGGAUAAAAGUUGGGGGGGAACAAAAGUCACACAUAAAGUUGCGAAUGCCGUUUGUUUUUAUUAAGCAGAUAUAGAACAUCUGCCGACACACGGUGAAGUUGGACACGUGAAUAUUCCAUUGCAAAUAAAACCUACUUUGAAUCUA